AUGGGCAGUGUUGAGAGAGAACAAGAAUCAGCAUCAUCGGACGCAAUCCUAGAGAAUGUCUGGGCAAACUUCAUAGCCAAGAAUGAAUCAAAAGGAUCCCAAGAAGAGUAUGAAAGUUGGGAUGAAAUUCUACACAGGCUUCCAAGUCUUGAAGAAGAGCUGCAAGCUUCCAUUAAUGGUGGUCCAAAGAGUUCAUCGGAAAUGGUCAAGGUGGAGAGGAGGAAGCACUACAGAGGCGUGAGGAGGCGGCCGUGGGGGAAAUACGCGGCGGAGAUAAGAGAUUCAUCGAGAAAAGGAGCUAGGGUUUGGCUUGGGACAUUUGACACGGCAGAAGAAGCUGCCAUGGCUUAUGACAAGGCUGCUUUGAGGAUUAGAGGCCAUAAAGCUUACUUGAACUUCCCACUUCAAAAUACGGUUGCUGAUGCCCGUGGGAUUUGUUGCAACCCAAAUCAUGAAUUAUCAGGUAAUUGCAGGUUUAUUGGUUCUUGUUUUGGAAAUGGCGGGAUUGCUUGCGAUUCAAGGAAAAGGGUUGGCAGGGAAUGGGAUAUAUUUGAUGAUUCUCCAUGCAUGAUUACACAACCUGCGCAGAAGAUCAAGAUGCAGCCCCAAACAUGCUUGGAAGAAACUCUUGAGACUAGUUUCUCGGAUGUAGUCGAGUUUCAAGACCUUGGAAGUGAUUAUCUAGAAUAUUUAUUGUUAACUUCUGGUUAG